GUGCCAGUGCCAGACCAGGAAGUGUGCGCGCAGCCUCUGCCCUGCUCUCCCCAGGGGCAGCGCCGCCUACUCCGCGGCGUUCUCCCCCCCCCCCCCACCUCCUGCGGCCAGUGGAGGUGCAGGAGGGCUAGCUCCGGACACUGCGGGCAGACUGGGUGAAGCGAGAGGAGAAAAACUAGCUGACAGAGGGGAGGGGGCGGCGGGGCUUUAGCCCUUGCGGCGCUCCCCGCCCCCCCCACGCGGGAAGAGGGCACCUAAUGGCGUCCUUGCAGUCUGGGGGCUCGGGGGACGUGGGUUUCUCCGAGACCCUGGACGACCUGGCGUGGAACUUCACCUACGGGGCUCAGGGCGAGGGCAACGGCUCCCUCUCCGGCUUUUGGUACAAUAGGAACCAGACUCACCUCUUUGGUGUACUACUGGCAGUUACGGGAAACGUAAUCAUCAGCAUUUCACUCAACAUACAGAAAUAUUCUCACCUUAAAUUGGCACAUCAAGGAAACCAAAAGCCCUACUUCCGAAGUAUCUUGUGGUGGUGUGGGAGCCUCCUCAUGGCAAUCGGGGAGAUGGGAAACUUUGCAGCCUAUGGAUUGGCACCCAUUACCCUAAUCGCACCUUUGGGUUGCGUGUCUGUGGCAGGUAGUGCUAUUUUGUCUGUUACAUUUCUGAAAGAAAAUUUGAGAUCCUCAGACUUACUUGGUGCGACACUGGCCUUCGCAGGAACAUAUUUACUGGUGGCUUUUGCUCCAAAUAUAACACAGGACAUCACGGCAAGAAGAGUACAGUAUUACUUUGUUGGCUGGCAGUUCCUGGCCUAUGUGAUCUUAGAAAUAUUAAUAUUCUGCAUCCUGCUGUAUUUCUAUAAAAGAAAGGAUAUGAAACACAUUGUCAUUUUGUUGACACUUGUGGCACUUCUGGCCUCCUUGACUGUAAUUUCAGUGAAGGCAGUCUCAAGCAUGAUCAUACUCUCUGCGAAGGGGAAAUUGCAACUAACUUACCCCAUCUUCUAUAUCAUGUCCAUCAUCAUGAUGGCAUCUUGUAUUUUCCAGGUCAAGUUUCUGAACCAAGCCAUGCAGCUCUACAGUACAACAACAGUUGUACCAUUGAAUUACAUGUUCUUCACUACCAGUGCCAUCAUUGCAGGAAUCAUAUUUUAUCAGGAAUUCCAUGGUAUAGCCUUGCUUGGUGCAUUCAUGUACCUUUUUGGGUGUUUUCUCUCCUUCUUUGGAGUGGUUUUGGUCACAAGAAAUCGAGAAAAGGAACAUUUACAACAAUCAUACAUUGAUUUUGGACAGAUUCCAGGGAAACAAAUGAUGGAUAAAAUCCAGCCAGAGUCCAACGGCCAAACCUAUGGAACCUUGCCCGAUGAGAGCAGGUCCGUGAAGAGCCCAGGAGGAGAGAAGAAAGACAUCUGAACGCCAAGAGGAACAUUUGUUGGCCUGUUAUUCAAUACCACCUUUAAAGCAAACUGCACAUGUCCUGUUUGCGGCAAAAGUCAUUUCAUGGUGACAUUUGUUCAUAUUGUCUCAGUGUUUCCUGCCCCCUCUCCUCUUGGGACAAUCAUGUGCCUGCUCAGCUUUGAGAAAUUAAUGCUAUCUGAAAACCGAAAAAGUCCAGAAAUGUAAUCUGAAAUUACUUUAAUGCUCCAGACCUCUGACUAGUCAUCAUUUAUUUGUCCUUGUAAAGUUUAAACACAUCAUAGAUGAGUGUCUGUGUGUGUUCGCAUGUGUGUGCGUACACACGUGCAGGUGCAUCGUAUUUCAUAUUCAAGCCAAACAUGUCUUUUGGAGGAAUUAGUUUCCCUAUUUUAUAAUCACUUCUUACCUACUCCUGGCAUACUUCUAAGAAAGAGAGACUUUAUAACCAUUCCUUCUUUUUUUUAUGAGGGAGAAUUAUUUAAGGCAUACUAAUAAAGAACUAAUCCUUGGAGUCCUAGAUUAGUUUGGUGAAUCAUCUUUUCUAAAAAUCAAAGCUUUUGCAGUCAUCCUUUGAAAAUUAAGGGCCUUUUGUAGACUGGAUCUUUUUUUCAGCAGUACACUCUAAUUAUGGACCUCAAAGCUUAAUAUCCUUGGCUGUUAUAUUAAAAAAAAAAGCCAAUACCCUAUUUAAGAAGGAAAGUUCUAAUAGGAAAGCAUACUUUAUAAUGCUAAAUAAUGCUAAUAACUGAUAUUUAUAUAGUGCUUUCAAGUUUGAAAAUCCCUUUCCAUAAAUUAUCUUAUUUUAACCUUGUAAGAACCUUGUGAGGUAGGUAGGUAGGUACCUAGUUUAUAAGUAGGUAGGUAUCCCCAUUUUAUAGUUGAGGAAAAUGAAGGUCAGGGAGGUGAGAUAUCAGAGACAGGAUCUGAACCCUGGUAUUUCUGAUUCUCCAUCUAUUAUGCCACACUGCUGAAUUUUUCUAUAAAAAAUUAGGAAUAUAAAGAUGCAGAUCCUUUUAGCUCUGAUGCUCUGAUAUAAUCAUUGAGUUUGAAGAGAAUCUUCAUGUGCUAUAUACAUACAUUUGCCUUUCAUUGUGAUGUCUAUGACAGACUGUGCAAUUUGAUUUUUUAUCAGCACAGAUGUCAAAAUUCUAUUAAAAUUAUUAGUGAUAUUCUCAGCUGCCAUGUGCUGUUUUUAUUGAACGUAAUUAGUUCAGAGAUUUAAAAAGUCAUUCUAGGUAAAGAGAGACUUACACUGCUGAAGAGCUGAAUUUCAGUUGAAUUUUAACCUGUAUUUAAUUAUGGGAAGAGCCUAUACAUAAGUUGUAACUUUCCAGAGUUCAUAAGCUCAAGACAUAUUGAGGUGGGCAUUCUGUGACAGAAGAUCACCUUUGAUCACCUUUAUUUUCAUGCAAAAUUGAUUCAUAGUGGGUCACAUAUAAAUUGAGUUGAACAAAUGUUUCUUAAGCUUCUACUAGGCACAAGAUAUCAUGCCUGGUUCUGUAGAGAAGAUACAAUAGUGAGUAUGAUCAUCUGGACCCUCAAGUAACUCAAAGUCUAGUAGAUAAGGCAUAAGUUAUUGUUGUUUCAUUUCAGUUGUGUUCUGCUCCUUGUGAACCCAUUUAGGAUUUCCCUUUUUCAGCUCAUUUUUACAAAUGAGGAAACUGAGGCAAACAGGGUUAAAUGACUUGAACAGGAUCACAUAACUGGUAAGCGUCUGAGGCCAGAUUUUAACUCCUAAAGAUGAGUCUCCCUGAUUCUAAGCCCAGUACUCUAUCUGCUGAGUCACCUAGCUGCAAAGAAUAGGACAUGUAUUUGAAUUGCUAUAGUACAAGAUAGAAUGUUGAUGGAGUUCAAUUCAGCAAAUUAAAAUUUUGGCACCUACCAUGUGCAAGGCAUAUGCUGGGGAUUCAAAGAGCCAUGGUUACAAUCCCUACCCAUUCCCUCUUCCAAAUGCCAUUUAGCUGGUCCCUUUGAUAAUAUCUCUCUUAAAGCACUCCCUCCUCAUUUCGGCCUCUUGGAAGCCCUGACUUCCUUCAAAACACAGCUCAGGUACCAUCUCCUAACACUGUUAAAGCUUUAGGAGUUUAUUUUAGAUGAAAAUAAAUCUCCAAAGAGAAGAGAACAGCCCAGACUGACCCAGACCAUCCUGCUGUUAAUUUGUCUCUGGACUUUCAGCUCACUGACCAUCUACCCCAAGUCUUUGUUUUGAUACUUAGCUAGUGCUUUACAGGGUAUCCCAUCAUUCCCUGAUGGUGCCUUCAAUCAAUCAGCAAGCUUUUAUACUAAGUGCUGGGCACUGUGCUCUGGGGUUAUGGACAAAAGUGUCCCUGACCUCAAAGAUGUCAUUCCAUUACAAGCAGGAGAGGAAGAAGGAGGCAAUGUGUAUAGAUAUAAAUAAAAUGAGAAUCUAGUACAAGUUCAUGCCCAGUUGGUUUGCUAAGAUGCUCCUCCACCUGGAAGACAGUGAAGUAACUCUUUCUGGGAGAAUUGUUAUGAUGAGUAAGGGAAGUGCCUUGGGGAGACAGACUGUGGAGCAUGUGUAGACAUUCUUAACUUAUUCUUUUUGGCAAACCACAUGUGAGAAGAAGAUGCCAAGGCUUUCAGAAAAAGCCUGUCAACUUCAACUAUGGUCUCUAUCUCACUUACUUCUAUCGUAUCUCAAGAACUCCUUCCCUCCUAGCAUUCAUUGAAAGGAGGGUAGUCUCCAAUCUUGGGAAUUUCAGAAGGUCAGGAAAACCAGUAGUUUAAUGAACUGGGAGGCUAGUCAAUGGCCCCUAAUAAAUGAGGAAAGUGUAGCCAAUGACGGCAGAGAAAAUGCCACCCAUAAUCCCCUUAGGGUACCCUAGAAACCUGAAGGACUGACAUACCCUGCUUUGACCUUGAGGGAACAGAGCCAGAGUGACCAUUUAAACUGACUAGCUUUUUCAAAGGCAUUUUUACUUCAAAGAUAUAUCAAGAAGAAACAUACAAAUAUUUCCCCCUAAUACCUCUGAGUCAUAUGCCACUGGUAACCACUGUUUAUCUUGAUCCACUAGAGGAGAAAAUGGCAAACCACUCCAGUAUCUUUUCCAAGAAAACCCCAUGGACAGUAUGAUCCAUGGAGUCAUGAAGAAUCAGACAUGAUUGAAUGACUGAACAACAAGUAGCGCAAAACAAAUACAGGGUGGGAUUAGCAGAAAAACUACACUGGGGAAGAACUAAAUUUUUCAGGAUAUUAUAUAUUUGUUGUUGUUCAGUCAUGUCUGAUCCAUGGACUAUUCUGGUCUAUGGAAUUUUCUUGGCAAGGAUACUGGAGUGGUUUGACAUUUCCUUCUCCAGUGGAUUAAGGCAAAUG